AUGGCGACAGCACAACCGAAUCUCGAGAAAAGAGACGUCGUAUCAUCCUUCAUUUUCCACUUUCCACCCGGGAAACCGAGCAAUCCCGUCGUGGCAUUAUUCCGACGCAGCGACAAAGUAAACACCUAUCAACACCAUCUGGCUCCCAUUUCUGGCACCAUCAGCCAAAAAGACAAAGACCCUCUCACCGCCGCGUGGCGCGAACUCGCAGAGGAAACGACCCUCACUCCAUCGAAUCUAACUCUCUGGCGGACCGGAAAACCCUUUACAUUUCGCGACCCCUCAGUGGGACGAGAAUGGACCGUCCACCCGUUUGCCUUCCGACUGGAUGGACCGGAGAGCGCGAUCCAAACAGACUGGGAGCACGAGAGGUGGGAAUGGUACGAUCCACGCGCGGUGCGAGAUGAGGCUAAUUUCGGGGGCGUCCCCCGACUGAAAGAGAGUUUGUGUCGGGUGUGGUUUGAAGGGGCGAUGAGCGAGCCAGCAAGCCAGAUCUUAUCAACAGGUCUGAACCGGCUACGAACCGAUCACAAGAGCGGGGCGAACGAGUUAACUGCCAUUGCACUGAACGUAUUCCGCGACUUUAUCAUGCAUACACGGAACGCACUGGACGAGACCUGGUGGACAACGGUGCGGAUGGUAGCGUGGCAUUUGGUCAAAAACGGACGCGAGAGUAUGGGCGCAGCGACGUUGAAUGCGGUGUUGGCGGUGUUGACGGAGAUUGAAAAGAUACUGCAAGUACGGGGAGACAUGGCAGUGACGGAGCAGGAAUGGGAUCGUAUCCUUCCGAUGAUGGAUUUUCAAGUGUCGAAGCGCGCGUCGAAUAAGAAACGGGUCAUGAAGUCGUUUACUUCGUAUCUGCGGUCUCGGUUUCUCGGUAAUGGGAUGGGGGAGACGUUGACGAUUCUGACCAUGUCUUCGAGUUCGACUAUUCAGGAUAGUAUUCUGGAUGCGUUCGCGGCGUUGGAUAUUCAGAUGUUGGAGUUGCGGGUCCUCGAGUCACGACCUUUGUUUGAAGGAACCAGCUAUGCUUCGUCGAUACUGUGUCGGCUUAAGUCGCAGUUUCAGACGUCAGAUAAGAAGACCUUGAAGGUGAGGAUGUACACAGAUGCGUCUGCUGCUCUAGCAGCGGAGGGCGUCGAUAUCGUGCUGCUUGGUGCAGACCGGAUUUCCGCUCAGAAAGGAGUGAGCAACAAGACGGGGUCGCUUCCUUUGGUUCUGAGUACGAAACAGGUUGCUCCCUCGGUGCAGGUAGUUGUUCUUAGCGGAUUAGAGAAGAUCAAUGGAACAAGCGGAUUUAUCGACGAUGACGAACCCGAGGACUAUGGACCAGCAGAGGUGGUGAAUACAUGGCGGAAUGAUGGAAUCGAAGGGGUCGAUAUCCUCGAACAGGCAAUGGAGAAUGGGAUCGUUGAGGUCGAGAAUGUUUAUUUUGAAUGGGUGCCGUUUAGUCUGGUUGAUGCGUUUGUAUGUGAGGAUGGUAUACUCGAUGUUGGUAGUUUACAGGAAAGGUCUCGACAGUUGAGAGAGAUGGUUGAUAGAUAUUUCGGGGAUUUGUAA